CUGGACAUAAAAUCUGCCUUCGCUCAAGUCUCUCGUCAGUUCACAAGAGGCACUCAACACGAUCACAUCGAUCAGAGGCGAAAGAGUUUCUGCGAAGAAGUGCGCAAAAUAACUUCAAAAUAUAUACUCUCUUCAAUACAUUUGUGCAUUGUGACUUGCAUUUCCUUAUAUACCCGCGAACCAAACUCGAGAUCAAGCAUGGGCGCCAAGAAGAGGGUGGCAGUGAUCGGAGCUGGAACGGCGGGACUCUGUGCGGCCAAGCACAGCAUCGCCGCCGGGAUGGACGUGACGGUGUUCGAGCAGAUGUCCCAACCAGGAGGAACGUGGGUCUACUCGGACGACGUGGGCACGGACAAGUUCGGCCUGCAGGUGCACACGUCAAUGUACCGCGGCCUGAGGACGAAUCUGCCCAAGGAGAUCAUGGGCUAUCCUGACUUUCCCAUUCCCGGCGAUGGAGUGUCCUACAUUCCGGCCGCGGAGAUGCUCGCCUUCCUGCAAUCCUACGCAAAGUCCUUCAACGUCACGUCGCUCAUCAAGUUCAACCACCACGUGAUCCGAGUCAGGCCUCUGGGACAGGCCACGGAGCCCCACACGUGGGAGGUGAUGGUGAAGGACAUGCCCAACGAUGAGCUGCUGACGCAAACCUUUGACUUCAUCUUCGUCUGCAACGGCCACUACCACACACCCUACCUUCCGCGCUAUCCUGGCCAGGACGACUUCCGCGGACGCCUUACGCACAGCCACGACUACCGGUGUCCGGAGCCGUACAAGGGCCAGACGGUGCUCGUGAUUGGCGCCGGCCCGAGCGGCAUGGACAUCGCCUACGACAUCUCCAAGUGGGCCGAGCGCGUGACGCUGAGCCAUCAUCUGCCCGAGCCGCCCAAGACCAAGUUCCCUCCCAACGUGGUUCAGCGCCCGGACCCGAUCAAGUUCACCACAGACGGAAUGCUCUUCCAGGACGGCGUCACAGAGACCUUCGACGUGGUGCUCUUCUGCACAGGAUAUCGCUACACGUUCCCCUUCCUCAGCGUCGACUGCGGCAUCUCCGUGGAUCAGAACUUCGUGCAGCCUCUCUACAAGCACUGCAUCAACAUCAACUACCCAACCAUGGGCUUCGCCGGCCUCCCUUUCUACGUCUGUGCGUGCCAAAUGAUUGACCUACAGGUGCGCUUCUGCGUGAAGCUGUGGAGCGGCGGAAUGGCGAUGCCGUCGCGACAGGAAAUGCUGGAGGACACGCAGCGCGAGAUGGAGGAGAGAUUCCAGAAACGAGGCUACAAGAAGCGCCACGCUCACAUGAUGGGCCCAGAUCAGGGCAAAUACUACGCUGACUUGGCCGAGUGUGCUGGAUUGGUGCCCCUGAAGCCCGUCAUCACGAAAUUGCACAACGAGAGCAGCCAGAAGUUCCUGGAUGACCUCACGAACUUCCGCAAUGACGUGUACGAGAUUGUCGACGAUGAGACAUUCAUUCAGGUGAAGUAGAAACGCCAAGAGGGGGAAAAAAUGCUCUAUAUGCCAUUACAUUACUGUUAUUUUUAACUAAUAAAUGUUUUACACACAA